AUGGGAUGCACUGCUAGUGUUCCAGAUCCCGAUGACCAAGAUCCAUUUCUCAUGGACAAAAGGGUCAAUGCUGCCAUCAACCAAAGUUUGCAACUGAAUCGCAAGAACAGUAAAAACCAGGUCCUGCUUUUAUUGUUGGGAGCUGGAGAGAGCGGUAAGUCCACCGUGUUAAAGCAGCUUCGGUUGCUCCACAAAGGAGGGUUUUCGGACCAGGAGAGAAUACAAUAUGGCCAUGUUAUCUGGGUGGAUGCCAUACAGUCCAUGAAGAUUCUAAUUGUUCAAGCUCGGGCAUUAGGGAUUCGGUUAGAUUGUGAUGAUUGGUCAGGGUCCUUAUAUCAGUAUAAGCGGAUGGUAUUGAAGGCCAAUGCUUUGCAGCAGAUUGAUACUUCCAUUGCUGGAGGUAACAAUUUCUUGAACGAAUAUGUCUUGAAGUAUAGUGAGGUGAGACGUGCCAAAAGACGUCAGAAUAGUACAGGGAUCGCCAACAACUCGUUUUGGGACGAUAAUAAUAGUCCACGAACAGGUAACAAUGAUCGGAUCGUGGAAGAAGAGGUAGAGGCUGCAGAUGCUGAAGUCAAUGGUAUCAACGGCACCACUGAAAAAUAUUCUCGAAGUCAAAUAGCUGAAGCCAUUGAUAUGCUAUGGAAAUAUGAUAGUGGGAUUCAACAGUGUUUCCACCGGUCAAACGAGUUCCAGUUGGAAUCAAAUGCUGCCUAUUACUUUGAGAAGAUUUAUGAGUUUGCCAAACCCAAUUAUUUGUUCACCAAUAGUGAUAUUUUGAAGGGAAGGAUCAAAACCACAGGAAUCACCGAGACGAACUUCCAUAUCAAUUCGUUCAAGUUUAAAGUGUUGGAUGCUGGUGGUCAGCGGCUGGAAAGAAAAAAGUGGAUCCAUUGCUUUGAUAAUAUCACCGCCAUCUUAUUUGUAGUGGCCAUUAGUGAAUAUGAUCAGACACUUUUUGAAGAUGAGCGAGUGAACCGAAUGCAUGAAACCCUUGUUUUGUUCGACUCACUAUGCAACUCACGAUGGUUUUUGAACACGGCUUUUAUCCUCUUCUUAAACAAGAUCGAUUUGUUUGAAACCAAGUUUUCUCCUCAGCUGUUGCACAAGUAUUUCAAUGAUUUUACUGGCAAUACCGUAGAGGAUGGAAUCAGCUAUUUUGAGAAAAAGUUCUUAGCAAUCAACAAGACCAACAAACCCAUCUACGUGCACCGAACCUGCGCCACCGACUCAACGUCGAUGAAGUUUGUACUUUCGGCGGUAACCGAUAUGAUUAUCGAGGAUAACUUAAGAAAGAGUGGACUCAUUUAA